AUGUCUGUUAUUGAACCACAGCAGGUAUCUGUAGAGAGAGCAUCCUUAACUAGUGAUGAACUUUCGAGAUAUUUAUUGCAAUAUAUUUUAUCAGCCAGAGGUGUGUGUCAUGAAAAUGCGCUAGUGUUAGCUUUGAUGAGAUUGAAAGUGGAUUCCAACACUAUUGACCCACAGUGGACAAUAUCUGAUUGGUUGACUUGUUUGAAUGAUCAUGUUAAUAAAAUUAACGUUAAAUUGAACCCGCUAAGUUACAAGAUCAUUAGAAUAAAUCAUGGUAUUGGUAAAAAUAUUGUUUCUAAUAAAAAUAGACAGAACUUUGGGCUUUUUGAAACCGCCACUACCAUGUCUAAUAGAAGCGAUGUUGACCAAGACGAAAAUGGGAAUUCUCAUGUUAUAUUACCCGAAAGCAACAGAUUCUAUCUGUACGUUAAUUUGACAUCAAGUGAACAAACGAAAUUAGCCACGAGAUUUUCCCAAAAAGAAAUAGAAUUCGUUAAGUGGGCACUUCAAAAGUUUUGCGAGGAAGGUAAUAUCGUGAAGGAUAUUGGUUCUUUAUCCACACCGUCAUCGAACUUAAUUAUAUCAGAAGUCCAUAGAAUAAUUACUGGUGCUACUGGGAAUAAUAAUUUACUGCGAUGGAGCAGAUACGUAUCGUUUACAGUGGGAUCUACCCAACUUCUGCAAUAUGAACAUUUUACAGCCAUAGAAUUAGAGUCCAUCUUGAUAAAAUUAUGUGAAUAUAAAUGGUUCUACAGAACUUCUCAGGGGGAAUACGGUAUGGAUUUAAGGUGUUUAGCAGAGUUAGAAGAUUAUUUAGUGUCCACGUUUGGACUAUCUAAAUGUCAAAAUUGUGAUAAGAUAGCCGUACAAGGUGUCAUUUGUGGGAGUCAACAUUGCCUUCCAAGCGAUGAUCGUAGUCAACUAGGAGAAGUUCCUACAGAACUUAGGAUAUGGCACAUCGAUUGCUUCCAACAUUAUAUCUCACACGUUAGUAAAGAAUGUGAUGUAUGCCGUCGUUCAUUAUUAGAAAAUGGUGUAUAUAUGGUCUAA